CGAAAGCCCUUUCCAUAACAUCGGAGAAUGGUCAAAUAAUAAUGAAAAUCAUCGCAGAACACGAAUCCCGCAAUGUACAAACAUUUUUACAAGAUAUUAGUUUAAUUACCUAUAUUUAAUGAAAAAAAGAACUGACCAUCACCCUCACUUUUAAUGACCUGGAUCAUAACAUUGUUUAGAGACUUCACACUAUUCUUUAUUUUAAGAUGCGCUCGUUAAGUUGACGUUGACGUCAUCGUCUUUAGCGUAUUUGGACAAUAUAAUAUGACCAUUUUUUUUAUGAAAUUCACCAUUUAUAUCGGACUCAACGCAACUGGCUGGAUUUAAAGCUCUUGUCUGAUUAGCUUUGUAUUUCAAUUAUCCACCGAAAUUGUAGUUUGUCCACACGUUAAUUAUUGAGAAUUAUUUUGAAAACUAUGUAUCAUCCUGCCCACUUCGUGAUCAUGACUCAAUCUUGAAAGAAGUACUUGGAAUCCCAAUAACUUUCUGAUAAAAAAUGAACAAGUGAUAUCAUACGCAACUGGAGUCUAUCUGAAAUGAUUAGAGAUUGUAUGAGUUGUUGAAACGUUGCAGGGUAUUCAAUUGAAGAACAAAUAACUGCAUGCUGCAUUAAAAUUAGACAUGGCGGAUCAUGUGUGUGUGGUUAUAUUUAUAUGUUCGUGUGUUGUCCUUGUUUUGACAGACAGUACAGAUAACUGUCAAAAGGAUUAAGUAGGGAUCGCACAUAAGCUGUUUAUGUUUCCAUUCAAGUGGAGUGCACAAGAAUUAGAAUCAGUCGCAUGUGACAAAUACGGAACUACGAUUGGCCAUUGUAGAGGUAUAAGCGUGUUCGAUUGUUCAGUUGAGCAGUCAUUUAGAGGUCUUUACAGCAUGUCUUCAAAUGCCAACCUUACACAGGUCAUUCUCACAAUAAUCACAUUCGAUGAGACCCUUGCCGGCGAGUACUGCUGUUCAAAGGAAAGCAAGAAAGAGUCCACGUGUCAAUGCGUCCAAAAAGCAGAACCACUUACGCCGAAACCAGCACCUUCUACAGAAGCCCCUACUGCACCUGAAGGCACACAGACACAAGCUUCUUCCACUGGAAUACAAAUAGGUAAACCAUGGCGACUGAUGAGGCACGCAAACUUAUUUGAAGACAUGCGGACUUUUGAAAUUAAUUGUAGUAUAUGGUGAUUGAUCCUAUAACGGAAAUUGAAAACGAAAAAAUCUAAUGAUUAUUCUGUAAAAAAAAGUUCCGAAAGGUUCACACAGAAACGCUUUCUCCUAUUUUAUUCAUGUGAUGAACAUAUUUAUUACUAUUUUCCUAGACCAAUUUAUAAACAUCAACAAAUGUAAACAUUACUCGCAUGCUAUCAUUGAAAGCCACCUUAUUAGCCAGUUCUUGCUUAUGUGUUUUGUUUCGUUAUUUAUGGAAUUUUAUGGCAUUAUUAUUGGUUCCCAUGUUUAAUUCACAUUGUGUAUGGAAAAAUAUAUCAACGUCAAUUUUUUAAAAUCUGCAAAUUAUGUUUGAAUGUGUUUUUUAACAAUGUAGACGACCAAUACGUACAUGUAGGGCUUGACAGAAAAGUCUUUCUAAUUAAAAAAACUAUUGCAAAAACCUUGAUACCAAACUUGAUUGAAUUUGAUCAAACAUUAAUCUUUCAUUCAGCUAGAGUACAAUGAUACGAUUAUCAUGAACAGGUACAUGUAUUGACCAUUCCUUCACCGCAUAGCAUGAACAGCACAAUUAUUCAUCACCCUUUAUAAUGUUUGAUGCUUAUAAAACAGUAGCUUAAUCAUACUUGCUUACAUGUUUCUUUAUGUAUGCUUAAAGAAUAUAUUUAUGUUAUGCAUUUUGUACUUAUUGUUCUUUAUGUUUUCGAUAUUUUAUGUUGGUAAUUACAAUAACGGAAUCAAACAAUACACUAAUACAAGCU